AUGACAAGCAAUCGUGGUAUAUCAAGUUGGGCAGAUGAGAUUGAAGAAGAGGGAAACAUUGGUUGUCCCCCUCUCACUGUUGUUUAUGAAAAUGAUUUAAAAAUUGUAACUGAGUAUAAGGUGAAUGAAGAGGGCGAGAGAGUUAAGGUGAUUCGUACCUACCGAAUUGAAAAUCAUACAGUUUCCAAAACUAUUGCAGCCAGGAAAACCUGGGCCAAGUUUGGAGACUCUGAAAACGAUGGUCCUGGACCAAAUCCAGCAACCACACUCAUUUCCGAAGCUACAUUUAUGCGAUUUUUAUCCAGCAAGGAAGAAAACAACAUGUAUGAAGAGGAUGUGCUAGAAAAACUCAGAAGCAUGGGAGAUACGGGCGUUAUUAGAUGCCGUCAUUGUACACAAGCUCACUGGACCUCCAAGUGUCCCUACAGAGAUACAAUCAGUAUGGACAAUGACAAGAAACCAAUGGUACUUAACGAAGAAACUGGAAAAUCUCAAGUCUUAAAAUACGUUCCUCCAAAUAUGCGCAACAUUGGCAACAAUAGCGAUGAUUUGAAGCAACAGGAAGUUCCUUCAACGAGGAUCAAAAUAUGGAACUUGCCUGAAAACACAACAGACGGGGAUCUACUUGAUUUAGUCGAACCAUUUGGUCCGAUACUAAAGACAUAUCUGUCAAAGUACAAUAAUACAAACAUUUGCAAAGGUUAUGCAUUUGUGCAUUACAGAACAAACGAAGAGGCCGCCCAUGCUAUUAAAGGUUUGCACAAACAUCGAUAUGAUCACUUGAUCUUGGAAGUUGACUGGGCUUUACCAUUCAGUCAUUAA